UUCACCAAAAAUAACACAAGAAUUUGCCAUAGAUAAUAACGCCUCUUUCACUGCAAGUGUGUGGAUACAAAGGUAGGCAUUUUUGUGCUUUGAAUUAGCUCAACUUUCAGGCCAUUACUUGAUUUGAUUUGAAGCUGUUUGUGUGUCCCCCUUCUACAGUAUGAAUGGUGCUCAGUGCUCUCUACUGAUAUGUAGUCUCAAUAGCUUUGCCUUAUUUUAUACUUCAUUUAUGGACAUAAUACAGUGAAUUAAAGACUGGCUUUAGUUUGGGCCUGACACCUGGUCACAUGCUUUUAAUAAAAUGUACUGAAUUACACUGUAUACAACAAAUAACAACCACUGGUUAAAGCAUUUUACUGUGAUAAAAGCAGCAUGAUUCAGGUCGCUAUCUGUGUCAGUUACUAAUUCUUUUUUAAACAUGAGCAACUGUCUGCAUUAUGACGUACAUAAUUAUUACUUUUUAAGACAAAAAUACUGCAUAUGAAGCGAUAGAUCCUGUGUUUAAUCCUGUCAUUUUGUUCCCUUUCCGCCAUGUUAAUCAGUGUUUCCUUGGCUUGGCCUGCAUGACUUGUGAUGCUACCUAUCAUUAAGCCAAACCAGAAAUACAGGUCUGAGAUAAUCCGUACAGGUUCAGUAGCUCUGCAGUGUGUCCGUGUGUUUGUAUAGUUUUCUCUCACUCUCACACAAAGAAAACACAGCUAAAAGGAUCAUGAUACAUUGUUGUGCCACUGAUAUUACUAUGAAACAGUCAACAAUAUCUUGUCAAUAAGGAGAAGUGGAAGUAGCUCCAAAAGGCGUCGUAAUUGUAUUGGGAAAUGUUCUAUAAUUAUUGAACACUGUUGACUUUUUACUUUGGAUAUUAAACGCAACGGUUUAAUGUUUCAAAUAACGUAAGGUGAUACUUUGUUAUGUCAUUUAUUGUGUCAACAUGCACAUCCAGCAGAAAUACUGUAGCAGCGGUGUUAGACAUGAACAUUACAACCAUAUAACAUUACUUUGCAAACAAAUAACCUUUACAAUAUUUCUUCCCUCCCUAAAAGUUUUUAAUACUCAGCCAUUCAAAGGAUGCCAUGAAGGACAUUUUACUGAAACAAAAAAAAGAAAGAAAUGCAGCUCUUGAAUCAUCACGCACUGAAAAAGAAAACAUGAAAUGGACUUCAUCUUAGCUCUCACAUAAAACACAUAACAACAGAAUCAUGUUUAAUCUCUCUAAUUUCUGCUUCACGCAUGACUCUACCAAUUAAUUUCUGUACACAGUCCCUCCACAUUUAAUGCAAGAAUGUAUCCGGUAAAUUAAGUAAUAUCACCUUAAUGCAAACGUUGCCUUUAACAUUACAAAUCAGUCCAUUUUGCACUGCCAGACGCUCCUCUCAGACUCUCUGAAUUUCGGGACACAGUAUCUCCAUAAGGAUUUGAUUGCAGCUUCAUAGACUCUGGAUUACUUUGAAGCAGUAGGGGGUACACAGUGUAAGUCGGAACAAGCAAGAGUCUGAGUUAUCAAUCCACCUACAAAUUAUCGUGUUCCUGCUACAGAGGCUCAUGCAUGCCUGACAUGAAUGACAUGAGAGGAGUCUUUUUUAUUACACUCUAUGGUAAAAUUAGAGAGGAUGAAAUAAAUUGUUCCUGACAAGGACAGCAAUAGGAACAUGUUGGAGCCCACACAUUUUAGCCUUUAAAAAUCCUCAUCAGUUCAUGUACAUUUGGUUUAAAGUUUAAAUAUACAGAAAUAACCACACAUUCUUUGUGUCAGUGCCAUUAUACAACUAGAUCUUAUACCCCGACAGAGCUACAGGGUAUAAAAUAAAACAGCCUUUCUGUCCUUUAGCUUUCCCACUAUUUCUCUGUUUGUGUCCCUUUUCCUCCUGCUCAUUGACUCUGCCUGCAAGGUGCUUUUAGCGGGCCUUGUGUGGCCGGGUUGGAGAUGGAUGUGUGGCCCUUGGGAGCCGCAGGCAGAGAGCAACACUGAUCAUGUCAGACAGGCUGGGGAGGCUGCAUAAGAUCAUCAUCACCCAGCAGUGGAGUGAAUCGCCGCAGUGGCACUUUCACACAACCUCUGACCUUUGUGGUAACCUCUGAGGUCAUGAUCAAGGUCAGGGGUCAGCGAGGGCCUCUGUGAUCAGGGAGCUCACAAGCCCCUCCUGCCUGUUUCCUCCUCUUUUUCUCUCUACGUUUUUUCCCUUCGUUUUUUUCCCCCUUGCUCUUGUCCCUCAUCUUCUAUCUGUUUGUCUAUCGCUCACACUCUCCUUCACCGGGCAGGACCAAUUGAGACAUCCCAUCCCCUGGGAGUGCAAAAAGGAAAGCAAGAGAAAAUCAAUAGGGAAGAUGAGUGAAGACCUGGGGGUCCCAUCAAAAACUGAAUGCUUCUCUCUGUGCUGGUAUGAUUCACACACACACAAAAGCACGUACAGAUAGACAGUGGUAUUACUUUUGACAAACAGGAAGAUAGAAGUAAACAUGGGCUUGGAAACAGUACAAAACUAGAGACAAAGAUGUGUAAUGUCUACGAAAUAUGUUGUUUUCUUGUGCAUUCCACUUACAUUGUCCAUAUAAAGUGACCUGAGAAGCCCUUGUGUCAGUUUUUCCAUCCUCCCGGCAUGUACACAUGCUGCAGUGAUGUUUGAAAAAGAGGAAGAUGUAAUAUUGAUCCCUCCAUGAAGAUUUUUCAAGGUCUGCAACAGCACACGAAAGAGCUUGAUGACAAAAGAAAGUUCUUUUUCGAGCAAGAGAGAAGAGUAAAGAUGAAGCAAACAUAAAUGCCAAGCUUUGUGUAUCACCCUGGUUGUAAUUUGAGCUGAACAAAAUGUCACCAUAUCGGCAAUCAGAGUAACUUUAAUUAUAGCACAAUUCCAGCAACAUUUGCAUGGUUGUGUGCUGCCUAGAAAGGAAGAAAAAAAGGACUAAACAAGAGAGAGCUGAAGGAAGACAAACAAAACCCAUUCCUAUGUGUCAUUUCCUGACCUCGGCCACCUCUGCUAUUUCUGAGGAAAGACAUACAUGUGUUUAUAAUGUUGAGCCUCACCAUGUAUCCAUAACUUAUGAGUUUGCCGUGCUUCUUCCCAACUCAAGAUAACCCCGGGCAGGACAUUAAAUGAUUGGCUGAAAAUAGAACUGUUCAGAUGAAAGGGAGGAUAAAUAAUGCAGAAAGAAUACAAAACCUCUUAUGGGGAUAACUAGUCACACACACGCAGGCACGCACACAAACACACAAAGAAGAUUUCUAUUUUUUUUUGCUCCAUGGUGAAGAAAAGUGAAUGGAUGUAACAGGAAGGAGGAGGACCCAGUGGAGACACACAUGCUUCUUGCUUCAUCUCCUCCCACUCCUCCUUGUCUGCCAUUUUUUUCCACUCACAUUCAGACUUCAUGACAUACUCUGUGUCUGUGGGGAGGAAUAAUGUUGUCCCAGUCACGCCGUGUUUUUCCUGCCCACCAGAGAUGAGACACAACACACAGUGCAGGAUUUCCAGACCCGCCGCCUCAUCAUUUUUUCAUUACUUGUGAUCAGAAUGCGUUCGACCUGGAUGGCUGAUCCUUUUACGCAGAGAGUAAUGUGUCACUGUCUGACUGUGUUGUUUUUUAUUCCUUUAUUUGUUUAGGGUUAGAUCACCAAAUUAAAAAACUGUGAGUCAUUUAUUAAGAUUUCUGGUUAGAGGGUGUUGCAAUGCUGGGUCAUAUCUAAUAAAUAAAACAUUCAAGACAAACCUUUUCAAAGCCCCGCUGCUGCCUGCCUAAUUUACAGCUGAAAUGUUUAUUCAUUGGCCAAAUUAAACAUGCAUGUUUUGAGAAAAAUCCAAAUGUCUCUGCACCGCACAGGCUGCACAGGAGACCUCACAGGGCAGCUUUCUGCUUGUGUAGGGAGACACCUAGUGGUGAAUAACACGUGUAGCGUUUGUAUAGAGAUAAAUGGGAGAUUGAGGUUGCUCUAUCCUGGUUUAUUAACUUGAUAUGUAUAAAAAGAUUCUUUUAGUCAGUCCAUAAAAUCUAAGUAACUAUUUGCUGAUUAAUUUAGAGUGAGUUUACUGGCCAGAAAAACUCCAAAAUUAGGCUCCAGUAAUGCCAUUUCUCCAAACUCCCCCUCUGAUUUGACCCUCUGGCCUCCAUCCUGGGUGAAUAUGCCUUUAUACAAACAGAGUCAUUUACAAGCUAAAUGAAAAAUAUGUCUUGUUCUUUUAAAAAAUGACCUCUGCUUAUUCCAUCAGCAGGACACCGCGCCCAGGGCCAAAGUGUUUACUCAACCUAAAAGAGCCUGGGAGGCCAGCAGGCCUCACAAAAGCGCCUUUCACCGGUAACAGGACCCUGGACCAACGCUGCCACGUCAAAUUUUUUUGGCGCAUACAGCACUGCUGCAAAUGUGUUUACUUUAACUCUGUUUGGACCAAGACGACAGGGUGACAUAAGCUGACACCACUGAAGAACAUGUAGGACAGGCGACAACAAUGGCAAGUUUGGUAGACCAUUGCAGGCUCCAUUGUUUAACCGGACGCAUUCCUUAUCUCUCCUGAAUGUUAAAGUAGGACAUUAAGGUGUGCCAGCCGGCUGCAGCGGACGCAGGGACGGAGGGACCACUUUUCCUGAAAAAAAGUUUUAAUACAAGUGCAGCGGACAAAAAAAGGAACAAAACAUCAUGUGUACGAGGUUUUAAGUGUGGGGGGACUGCAGGGUGAAGGGCGUCGAUGGGAGUUGUGGCUCAGUGGAGAGCAACGGGCCGCUCCACGAUAACUGCGCACAGAGCAAACAGCCGCUCAGGUUCGUCCCAGCGGGAAAAAUGUUGUGCACUUGUUCUCAAAAGGACCUGCUCCUCUGUGUGCGCGGCCACCGUCGGUUUCUUGUUGUUCCUGGGACUCUGCCUACUCCACCUACCGGACCCGGUCACGCUGGUACCGAUGGUCUCUGAGGAGAACCGCGCGGUGACGCUCCUGAUAUGGACGUAUCCUUUCGGUCGGUACCGCAAACUUCCGGACUGCUUUGCGCUCUAUCAGAUCGGCGGGUGCACGCUCACCGACGACUGGCGCGCGUACCCGGAUGCGGACGCCGUGAUCAUCCACCACCGGGAGGUUGCCACCGGCAGCGCCGAUCUACCACCGGAACCGCGGCCACGUGCGCAAAAGUGGAUAUGGAUGAACUACGAGUCCCCCUCGCACACGUCCAGUCUGUGGCGUUUUGAGGAUGUUUUCAACCUCACAAUGACCUACCGGACAGACUCAGAUAUAUUCCUGCCGUACGGGUAUCUGGUCCCCAAUGAACACAGAACCAGGGGUCUCCAGAACCGCUUUGCGCACCCGCUCCACACACCCCCGCGCUCACACCGCCCCCGGCCCCGCCUCCUGGCCUGGGUCAUCAGCAACUGGUCGGAGUCUCAUGCUCGUGUGGCCUUCUACCACCAGCUCCGCCGGUACAUCCAGGUGGAUGUGUUCGGCCGCGCCGGCCGGCCGUUACCAAAGGACAGCGGCGGCGGCAGCGUGGUGCGGCUGCUCGGACGUUACCACUUCUACCUGGCGCUGGAGAACUCGCAGCACACCGACUACAUCACGGAGAAACUGUGGAACGCAGUGCGGGCCGGAGCCGUCCCGGUGGUCCUGGGUCCGUCCAGGCAGAACUAUGAGCGCUUCCUGCCUCCAGAGGCCUUCAUCCACGUGGACGACUUCCCCACAGCGCGAGAACUGGCCCGGUACCUGCUGAUGCUGAGGCGCAACCCGGCCCGGCUGAGGCGGCACCUGGACUGGAGAGGGAGCUACAGCGUGCAGCAGCCCACCUUCUGGGGUGAACACUACUGCACGGCCUGCAGGGCGGUGAGGAGGACCAGAGGCAGGACUGAUGUGGUCAAAGACUUGAGACGCUGGUUUCACUCGUGAAGACACCUGAAGCUGCAGAACUGAACUGAUGAUAAAGCUGAAAGCGUAACCAGACUCACUCCCCACCUGAUGAUCUUUCAAAGUUUACAACAGAAAUCUAUUUAUAAUCGACCAUGAUUGUUUAAUUUAUGACUUCAAUUAGACUGUGAUAACUGAGAAUGAUGAAUUUUGACUGAUUUUGAUUGAUUGAGUAAAGUUAUUUUUCCUAUGAA